UUCCCCCUCCUGGGGCUGUGGCCAGCAGGGAAAAGCCGGGCUCUGGGCAUGCUGUGGUGCUAGCCCUAAGCCCUGCACCAGGCAGAACCGUCAGAGGUGUUCAGUGCCACCUCCUGGUGCCAGGAAAAUCCCAGCUCCUGCGCUGGGAUGGAACUGGACCUGGGAUGCUGCAGGGUCUUCCCUGCUGGGAUCGUUCAUUGGUAUUUUGCCUUAAACACCCUGCAAUGAUGAAAUCACUAAAUAAAGAGAAGAAGUGGAGCUCGGGAGCGUUCCCAGUGCAGAACCUCAGACCCGGCUCUGGUGAUUCCUGGAGAGCUCAUACCCGAUCCCGGCAGCUGACCCUGGGUGCUGGCAGGUCCCGCGUGUCCCCCGUUCUCCAUGAGCUCAUCCUCCCCUCUGGGACACGGUCCCACCCAGCCUGUACGCUGCUGGCCCGGCCGCAGGAGCCCUGUGCCCAUGGGCCUCUUCCCAGAGAGUGGAGGGCAGAGUGGGCUGGCUCAGGGAACGCGGGGCCCGCAGAACGGGGGUCCCAGGGAGCAGUGGUCUCGCUGGCAGCGCUGGUGGGCUCGUCUCCAAUCAAGCUGAAGCGUGCUCAGGCGGGCUAUGGGUGCUGCUGGGGGGUGGGAGGGGGUGGGGGGUGCUUUGAUGCCCCCUCCACCCUCCGCACCUGCACUGUAUUGCCAACCCGCACCUCCCGGGCUCCUCCUUUCCUUUAUUAGCAGUCGCUGCGAGGGUAGGACUCGAUGUCCCGUGGGCGCUGCUGUCUCGGGUGUUGGAUUUGCUCUGGAGGAUGAGCAGCUGGUCUCACUCAUCCCAGUCGCUGUCAGAGGAUCGGCCCGCGGCUGUGCUGUGGGGUACGGAGCUGGGAGCCCCAGGACGAGCUGGGGGAUGGCGGCUGCGCUCUGCAGGGCUGCGUGUGACUCCCCUUUUCCCGGAGUGUGCACCUGGCAAAGCCUCCCUUCAGUUUUUGGGUGGGGGGAGCACCUUCCUUUUGCUUUUGGGGAUGGGGCAGCCUGUGCGUGCGCAGACCCUGCCCUGUCCCCAGGCUGCCAGCUGGGCACGGGCGCCCGGAGCUGCGUGGUGGAGGAGGACGAUGACUUCUUGGAGCACCUGGUGCUGCUGAGAACGGUGAGAGCCGAGCCCUGGCCGGGCCCCGCCGGAGCUCAGGGCGAGUCUCCUGCCACGGGCUCUGUGCUGCAGAUCUGCCUGGGGGCUGACGCCAGGGACGAGCUGCACGUGGUGGCCGUGGAUUCCAAAAACGCCUCCGGGGAGCGCAGGCCGGUGCCCAUCGCGGCGCUGCGGAGCUCCCUGCUCCCCAUGAUCAGCCUCAAUGGCCUGGAGCUCGUCCCUCCCGUCACCUUCGUGCUGCAGUGUGGGGCUGGGCCAGUCUAUCUCAGCGGGCAGCGCGUCACCCUGGACCAUGAUGUCAUGUCUGAAGCCCACAGGGAAGAGCUCUCGGAGAAAGAUGCGGAUGAUGAGGACGAUGACAGAGCUUCAUAGGACGGGGCAGCUUGGAGAAGAUUUUGGUGCUGGUGCGGUGGUGGGGGCACCCUGUGGUGGGAGCCGCCCGUGCCAAGGGCGGCACAUCUUAUUGCAAUAGCUUAAAAUAAAUCAAACUUCCCUG